AUGUUGAGAUUUGCUUACAGUAUGAGAAACGCCGCCAAGGUUGCUAGAGCGGUGAGACCUGUUCCUGCUGCCAGGAUGCAACCGGUGAGAUUUAUGAACGGCGUCAAGUUUUACUCCUCGACUUCCUCCUUGACCAAAGAGGACGUGCUUGCCAGAUCGAUUUCCGUGCUCAACUCGUUCGAACUGAAGGUUCCUUCCAAUUCGAUUGGUAUGGAGACCGAGUUCAUCAAGGAUUUGGGCAUGGACUCGCUAGACUACAAUGACGUGCUUGUCGCCCUUGAGGAGGAGUUUGACGUGGUGUUUGACGACAACGUUGCCAACGAAAUCAAGUCUGUGGGAGAGUGUGUUGACUACGUCUUGAAGAGCUACACGCCUGCUCAAGAGUCCCUGGAUCCCGAGAUCCGUUGA